CUGUGGUUCAAGCCUUGUUCAAAUUAUCAACACCAACAUUACAGUAGAUGACAAUUUAUGAAAUAUAUUCUUAGUUUACGUUAUAGCUAACAUAAUCGAAAUGGAAAUGUGAAUACUGAUUUGAUAUUUGCACAAAUUCGUCUUGUUCCAAGCGUUUGGCAAGGUAAGAAAUGUCUCUGUCUUGUUAGCUAACCUAGCUCACGUUAGCUAGCUAGCUUAGCUUGUUGACCCUUUUUGCUUUGCAGCUGGUAUACUGUAUACUCUUAGCAUGUAAUUUUGAGAUACAUGGGAUCGUUUUUCAUUAAAGAUGAUUAACGUUAAUUAAUUGCGUCAAAAAUAAUGUCCCAAUAUGAGCUUGAUAGGUGACCUACAUACGACAGUUGUUUCAGAUAACGUUAGCUAGCUGCUAACUAGGAAGCUUCAAACCCCCCCCCUUAAUAAUUAGAACAGACAGCUUGCUUUUCAAUCCAUCCAUUCUACUAUCAAUAAGAUUUUGGUGGAUACUUUUUAACAUAUAAUGUUAAAGAUGACAGGCAAAGGUCUCCAUGUAAACCAUAAAACGUAAUAAUAAUGUUCAUUUAGGCUUAAUUAAAUAAGCCUCAACAGCAUUUUUGUCUAUCACUACAUUUAGCUGUCAUUUCUACAUUUUGGUGAAAAUCUAAUUUCUGUCCAUAGAAUGGAUGACAUCAUUUCAGGUCAAAAUGAAAAGAACAAUACUGCAAGCAACACAAGUUACAGACGUGGCUUUUGUUAGCCGAUUAACUCCAGGAUUUACAAAAGAGUUGCGCAGCAACUUCACAACUAGCUACUGAUUUCAGCACCCAAAGAAUAGCCCACAAUUACAUACAAGAUUGUUCUGUGUAAUUGUGUGCUAUUCUUUGGUUGCUGAAAUCAAUAGUUUUUAUUAAAAAAUGUUGUGACCAUUUAUGUGACGUUGGCGCUCCAGUCCACCCACCCUAGACACUGCUCAACUCCAUUGUAAAUCAAGGAGUUGAGUUGAGUUUGCUAGGCUUUGUGAGUCCUGACUUGAGAAUAUGUGGGGAAUAAAUAUCUGUCAAUAAUCAAAUCAAAUCGAUUUUUAUUUGUCACAUGUGCCGAAUACAACAGGUGUAGACCUUACAGUGAAUUGCUUACUUACAAGCCCUUAACCAACAAUGCAGUUUUAUAAAAAUAUGAUUGACAUACCAAGCAACAGAGCUUUCAAAUUUGGAGAUGGGAGAGUCGGCCAUUCUACCAAGAGAGUCAAGAUACCAGCAAAAAUUGGUCAAACUAAGUGUCACAUUGAAACAGAGGUGGUCCCUGCGGAUAUCCCCUUACUAUUAAGCAAAGCUUCCCUCAAGAAGGCAUGGGCUGUACUAGACAUACAAAAUGACAAAGGCAGUGAUGUUUAAACAACCAGUGACCCUUGAACUUACUACCUCAGGUCACUAUUGUGUAAACAUUUUAGACAAAGACAUCACACAUAUCCAUGUAAAAAUGAGAUUCUGACAGACACAUCACAUGGAGAUUCUGACAGUCACAGAGAACAUGAACACAGAGGAAAAAAAACUAAGUAUUGUUAAAACUUCACAAACAGUUUGGACAUGCUACAGUUGAGACUUCUGAAAUUACUCAGCAGUUCUGGGAAUAACGAUGAUGAGUAUUUCCAUUCUACGGCAGAUAGUUAAAAGUUGUGAGAUAUGCCAGAAAUACAGCAAACCUAAGCCCAGACCAGCUGUUGAUUUGCCACUGGCUUCCAAGUACAAUGAAACAGUGACUGUAGAUCUACAUGAGUUAGGACCAAGUGUGUGGUACCUUCACAUAAUCCACCACUUCACAUGCUUCAGUGCUGGAAGCAUCGUGAAUACAAAGAAACCCAGUGAAAUCGUCAAGCACUUCAUUCAUUUCUGGAUAAGUGUGCAUGGCCCGCCCCAGAAAUUGUACAGUGACAAUGGAGGAGAAUUCAAUAAUAAUGAAAUAAGAGCAAUGGCUGAGAUAUUCAACAACUGCUGCAUACAGUCCAUGGAGCAAUGGACUUCUGGAGAGACAUAAUCAAACACUCACAGAGAUUAUGCUGAAAGUGAAGCAAGACAAUGGAUGUGACUGGAAAACAGCCCUAGAUUGGGCUUUGAUGGCAAAUAGCUCAAUGCACAAUGUUCAUGGCUACAGCCCAUACCAACUAGAGUUCGGGCAGAACCCUAAUCUUCCCUCUGUACUGGUUGACAAGCCACCAGCACUAGAAGGGACCAGUAUGAGUGCAUGGGUGGGACAGCACCUUUCAGCACUACAUGCAGCGAGAAAAGCAUUCACUGAAGCAGAGUGUUCAGAGAGAAUUCGCAGGGCUCUGCGUAAACAGCUUCGACCCACCAAUGAGAAGUACGAGACUGGAAACAAAGUGUACUACAAACGAGUUGACUGUCGAGUGGAAAGGACCGGGAGUAGUCAUUGGCCAAGAUGGUGUGGUGGUACUUGUGAGGCACCAUUGUCAGGGUGCAUCACUCAAGAUUGCGGAAAUAAAUGAUCAACAAGAUGGAGGGUCUGUUGCUGAAAAUGACAAAAAGGACACAUUAACAGACACAAACCUACCAGAUGUCACAUCCAAUGAAAUGGACACUGAAACGGACACAGGAAAUGGAGCAGAGACCUUCAACCAUGGCACAGGUAAUAAUGUUGAGGGUUCAAAUUAGGAAAACAUUCAACAACAGCCACGUGUUAAGACAACAUGGUGGUUCCAAUCUGAAAACUGGACAAACUGUUAAAUACAUGGACAUAGAAAGUGGUAUUCCACACACAGCAACCGUCAUUGGAUGAGCAGGAAAAUACCAGAACUGGUACAAUUUGCAGUACUCUGAACCAGCUACACUUUCUGGUACAACAGGGUCAGCUGACCUGUCACUUGUAGAUAAUCUUGGAAUUUAACCAAUGGAAAAUUGAGAAAAACAGAAUGACAUUCAAAAUGAUGAUGUACUUGAAACAAAGGAUGUGUCAUUUGACUCAGCUAAACUAGAUGAGCUCAGUAAUUGGAGGAAAAAUUGAGUGUUUGAGGAAGUCAAAGACGUUGGCCAAAAAUGUGUCUCAACAAGGUGGGUGUGUACUUUUAAAGAAUCCUUAACUGGAAUAGUGCCAAAAGCACGUCUAGUGGCUAGAGGUUUUGAGGAGCUGGCUGCUAAAGAACUCCCAAAAGACUCACCGACAUGCGCCUCAGUCACUCAGAUUGCUGCUGACAGUGAUCUGCCAGAAAAAAAUGGAAACUUCAUUCCAUAGACAUCAAAUCUGCAUUUUUGCAGGGAACAGAGCUGUCAAGGGACAUUCACAUCCGACCUCCGCCUGAAGCUAAGAUCGAAGGAACACUGUGGAAACUAAAAAAGUGUGUGUAUGGCCUGGCAGAUGCAUCACUCUACUGGUACAACAAAGUCAAGGCAACAAUGCUGAGUACAGAUGGAAAAAUGUCACAAGUGGAUCCUGCAGUCUUCUAUUGGCUUGAUCAAGACUGCAAUGUGACUGGAGUACUUGCCUGUCAUGUUGAUCAAAUCAAUCAAAUGUUAUUUGCCACAUGUGCCGAAUACAACCGGUGUAGACAUUACAGUGAAAUGCUUACUUACAAGCCCUUAACCAACAAUGCAGUUUAAAAAUGGCAAAUAAUUAAUUGAUGACUUCAUCUGGGGUGGCUCACAGACCUUUGCUACAACUGUGAUUCCACACAAAGCUGUUUUCCAGGUCGGCCGUGAGGAGCAUGAUAGUUUUUGUUAUGUUGGCAUAGAGUUUAUUACAAUUGACAGAUCAAUACUGAUGCAACAGGAAAGCUAUAUCAAGAAUCUUCAACCCAUCCACAUGGAUUCUUCAAGAGCCGUACAAAGGAAUUCCCCUCUCUGUGGAAUUGAAGCUGAUCAAUUGAGGUCAAAGAUAGGUCAAAUUCUAUGGGUUGCUAGACAGAGUAGACCUGAUGUAAUGUUUGAUGGCUGCAACUUGGCAUCCAACACAAAACACGCCACUGUACAAACCAUUCAUGAGGCAAACAAAGUUGUUCGUAAACUGAAAUCACAAGAAGUGACUCUAAAGUUUCAGCAUGUUGGAAAAGAUGACUCUCUGAAACUUGUCUUCAGUGAUGCUUUCCUAGGGAACCUUACAGAUGGAGGCACAAGGUGGACAUCUAAUCGUAUUAAUGGCUGAAGAAAGAAGAUUGUCACCUAUCUGUUGGCAGUCAAAGAGGAUCAGAAGGGGUUGUCCAAAGCACACUAGCUGGAGAAACCCUAGCUCUUGCGAAUGGAAUUGACAUUGCCAUCGUUCUGGCAACUCUGUUCUCAGAGCUUACCACUGGUGAGACAAAAUGGCACAUUCUACCUGUAGUUUGUGUCACUGACAACUACUCCUUAGUUGAUGCUGUCAAGUCAACCAAGUCUGUCACAGAGAAAAUACUUCAUCUUGAGAUUAGCAGCAUCAAGGAACUUAUUCAAGCGCAGAGAAUCCAGUGGAUUCUGUGGUCGGCCACAAAGGAACAGCUUUUUUUUAAUGAAGUGUAUUGGGCCUAUUGUAAUACAUAGCUAGCUAUCUAGCAAGCUAUUAUUAUGGGUGGCUGCCUUUUGACAUUUGACACCCUGUGGGUGGGGUAAAACAGUCCCCCUUUCUCUGAGGGAAAUGUUACCGUUAUUUAUUUUGGAUCUAAUCACAUAAAACGAAAUGUUUUUUCAGGAUGCAGGAUCUUCAAGACCUUGACAAUGAAACAUCUUGGCUUGUCAAAGAACUGGAGUCAAAUAUUGCUCAAGAAGCAGACUUUUUACCGAGGGAAACUGGCCUCAAUAUAAUGGAGUCUGCAGCAGAGGUAGGUAUUGCUAACCCAGUGACCCAGUUCUAUAUACUGUGCUUACCUUUCAGUAGUGUUUUGAUGUGCUAUUUUGAUGUUUUGUUGUGCAAUUUCCCAUUCAUUUUCAGAAUCACAAUGGAGUCUCUGCAAAAUGCAGAAAUGCCAAAGUUGAAGACCUGUGGAGCCUGACCAGCUUCUUUGGUUUCAGCACCAAGACAUUUGUCCUAGCUGUCAAUCUACUGGAUAGGUUCUUAGCCAUUAUGAAGGUGUGUAUUUUAAAGAUAUUUGUUUUGUGAUGUGGUCAUACUUAAUAUUCUACAUAAAUUGCAUAUUGUAUGCAUUUUGUUUAUUAUUGUUUGAUACCGGUGUUGUUUACGUUAUGUAAAUGUGCAUGCCUUUUUUAUUGUAUUUAUUAUAAUAAUAUAACUCCGCAGAAGUAGCCCAUUAAUGGUGACUAGUGUAUCACUAUAAUGGUAUCUUCACAGGUCCAACCUAAGCACCUGCCCUGCAUUGGAGUCUCCUGUCUCCAUAUUGCUGCCAAAAUGGUUGAGGACGAGUGCAACAUCUCACCCACCCAUGAACUCAUUCGCAUCAGCCAAAGCAAGUUCACCGUUUCUGACCUCAGCCGCAUGGAGAAGAUCAUCUCUGAAAAACUCAACUUGGAGUUCAAAGCCAUCACAGCCUUAACCUUUUUACACUUAUACCAUGCUGUCAUCGUAUCACUUACGUCAGAAAGGUGAGGACUUUGUUUCUCAAUUGAUCACUUUUUGCCUUAUGUCAUCAGUGAUGUAUUUUUCCAAUGGCUAGAAGCUGUAAAGUUGAUAUGCUAAUGAUCAGUUGACAUGAGGAUCACAUGAGAGUUCCCUUUAUUUUAAGGGGGGAGAUCCCAAGCAUUGGGAGACUGGAAGCCCAGCUAAAAGCCUGCUUAUGCCAGCUUGUUUUCUCUAAAGCAAAGGUAAGAAUUAUUCUCAGGCCAAUACCAUUUUAACUGAUAAGAAUGUUAACUUUGAGUUGCUGGAUUGAUACGCUUUUUCAUUUUUUUCUUCAGCCAUCGGUGCUGGCACUGUCUGUUAUUACUCAGGAAUUUGAUGCCCUCCAGUCCCUUGCCAUGUUGGAAAUUGUCCAAGAACUCCAAAGGCACCUAAAGGUAUUAUACAGUUUGACUUAGUUAUUAUAUUGUUAUAAUACAAAGACCCACUGAGGCUGACACUGACAUUAUACAGUAGCUUUACCCUGGCAUUGAACAAGUGAAAUCAUCUGACAACAUGCUACAUGGAAACUAGCACCUUCUGGCUUGGGAUGACUACUCUAUUUAUUUAUUUAUUUAUUUAUUAUAUUUAUGUCUUCUGUCAGCCUCUCGAAUGUUUACUGUUCCCUUCACAGAUUGUUGACAGUGAGUUACUCUACUGGAGGGGACUUGUGGCCAAAUGCAUGACUGAGUACAGCUCAAGUGAAUGUAACAAACCAGACAACAAAAAACUGGUGUGGAUUGUGUCCAGACGAACCGCCCAAAAUUUGCACGCAAAUCACUUCAGUGUCCCUGAACUGCCGACUAUUCCAGAGGGGAGCUGGGAUGAAAGUGAGAGGUAAACAAACAGCCCCUUUUAAUGCACUUUACUGUUUAAUAAUAUUUGAUUACAUUAGAACACCUGUGUGUGAACAUAAAGGCUAAUUAUUGAAUUGAACUGCAACGUAAUGCACCACAUCACUUCUACAUUGUACAGCAUUGCUAUGAUGUUUCAGGGAAGAAAGAAAAGUUAACUAAAUAAUAUGAAGAUAGUAAUGAUUACAUCUGUUCUCCCCUGCUAUAUAUAGUGAGGAUUCCUGUGAGGACAUGAGCUGUGAAGAGGACAGCCUGUGCGGCUCUCCUGGAAGCGACGCAGAGGGAGCCUUCUUCCCCUCAGAGUUUCGCAACCAGGGCAGAAAAUGAUACUCCUCUCCUUUUGAUGAGCUCAAAUUCUUGAUUGAGAUUAAAUGUGUAACCAGGGUGCUAACUGUAACUUUUCCCUAAAUGUAACUUUCGUUGUCGUUCGUAAAACAUUUCUGUUAAUUACUAUACUGUAUGUGUGACAGACGGGUAUCUAACUCGGGUUGCCUGCGCGCCUUGUUAGAUCUCUGAGCUAAAGCCUAGGUGUGGAAGCUAACAAAUCUUCCGGUCCAAAGUAAGUUUACUGAUCACGGGAGCGAGUGUAUUCAACAAACCAGCUCUGCUACAUAUGUAUGUAUUCUGGAAAUACUGAAGGACAGGCCCUACCAAGUGCCUGUGUUAAUCCAUGUGCAGUUUCUAAACUUUUGUUAUGAUUUUAGAUAAGAUCUUAGUGGAAUUUAAAUUGCAAUAUCUUGGCAGCUGACUGGCAAUAAGAUCUUUGAAUGCCUUUUUAAAUAUGCUCCUGGUGUCAAUCUAUGUCAAAACUUGACACAUUCCAGUUGAUGUUAAAGGGAUAGUUAACCCAAAU